AUGGAAAAUAGAAAUACUUUUUCUUGGGUAAAGGAACAGAUGACUCGAUCGAUUUCUGUAUCGAUCAUGAUAUACGUAAUAACUCGGACAUCUAUUUCAAAUGCAUAUCCCAUUUUUGCGCAGCAGGGUUAUGAAAACCCACGAGAAGCAACUGGACGAAUUGUAUGCGCCAAUUGCCAUUUAGCUAGCAAGCCCGUGGAUAUUGAAGUUCCCCAAGCUGUGCUUCCCGAUACUGUAUUUGAAGCAGUUCUCCGAAUUCCUUAUGAUAUGCAACUGAAACAAGUUCUUGCUAAUGGGAAAAAGGGAGGGUUAAAUGUGGGUGCUGUUCUUAUUUUGCCCGAGGGAUUCGAAUUAGCGCCGCCCGACCGUAUUUCCCCUGAGUUGAAAGAAAAGAUAGGAAAUCUCUCUUUUCAGAGUUAUCGUCCCGAUAAAAAAAAUAUUCUUGUGAUAGGCCCUGUUCCCGGUAAGAAAUAUAGUGAAAUUGUCUUUCCCAUUCUUUCCCCUGAUCCUGCUACGAAGAAAGAUGCUCAUUUCUUAAAAUAUCCCAUAUAUGUAGGGGGAAACCGAGGAAGAGGGCAGAUCUAUCCUGAUGGUAGCAAGAGUAACAAUACGGUCUAUAAUGCUACGUCAACAGGUAUAGUAAAAAAAAUACUACGUAAAGAAAAAGGGGGGUAUGAAAUAUCCAUAGUGGAUGCAUCGGAUGGACGCCAAUUGAUUGAUAUUAUACCUCCCGGGCCAGAACUUCUUGUUUCAGAGGGGGAAUCCAUCAAGCUUGAUCAACCAUUAACAAGUAAUCCCAAUGUGGGAGGAUUUGGUCAGGGGGAUGCAGAAAUAGUGCUUCAGGAUCCAUUACGCGUCCAAGGCCUUUUGUUCUUCUUCGCAUCCGUUAUUUUGGCACAAGUUUUUUUGGUUCUCAAAAAGAAACAGUUUGAAAAGGUUCAAUUGUACGAAAUGAAUUUCUAG